AUGCCUUUUAUAGCGAACCUUGAACACCUGACCUGCAAAAUGCAGAACUUCUGCCCCUGGGUAGCUUUUGACUCCGGGCAGCUCUUCCCUGAGGAUGAUGAGCUCCCUGAGGACGACGAGCUCCCUGAAGACAAGGAGAUCCCUGAGGACGAGAAGAUCCCUGAGGACAAGGAGAUCCCUGAGGACAAGGAGAUCCCUGAGGACGAGGAGAUCCCUGAGGACGAGGAGAUCCCUGAGGAUGAGGAGAUCCCUGAGGACAAGGAGAUCCUUGAGAACAAGGAGAUCCCUGAGGAUGAGGAGAUCCCUGAGGAUGAGGAGAUCCCUGAGAACAAGGAGAUCCCUGAGGACAAGGAGAUCCCUGAGGACAAGGAGAUCCCUGAGGACAAGGAGAUCCCUGAGGACAAGGAGAUCCCUGAGAACAAGGAGAUCCCUGAGGAUGAGGAGAUCCCUGAGGACGAGGAGAUCCCUGAGGACAAGGAGAUCCCUGAGGACAAGGAGAUCCCUGAGGAUGAGGAGAUCCCUGAGGAUGAGGAGAUCCCUGAGGACGAGGAGAUCCCUGAGGACAAGGAGAUCCCUGAGGACGAGGAGAUCCCUGAGGACGAUGAGCUCCCUGAGGACAACGAGCUCCCUGAGGAUGAGGAGGUUCUGAGGACGACGAGCUCCCUGAGGACAAGGAGAUCCCUGAGGAUGAUGAGCUCCCUGAGGACAACAAGCUCCCUGAGGAUGAGGAGGUUCUGA